AUGACAUCAUCAGUUAGUAAUUUAUUAACAUCUGAUAAAGAAACUUUAUCACUUAGAACAUGGACUCCAAAAGUUAAACCAAUUGCCACAGUUACCAUGAUUCAUGGUUUAGGUGAACAUAGUGGUCGUUAUGAACAUGUUUUUAGUAGAUUUGCAGAACAAGGUAUUAAAGUAAAUGCAUUCGAUCAAAGAGGUCAUGGUAUUUCAAGUGGUGUUAGAGGUCAUUCACCAUCACUCGAACAAUCAUUAAAAGAUAUUCAAUUAAUUGCAUCAACAGCUGAAACCGAUGUACCACAUUUUAUCUAUGGUCAUAGUUUUGGUGGUUGUUUAGCACUUCAUUACAAUUUAAAGAAGAAAGAUCACCAUCCAGCAGGUUGUAUCGUUACAUCACCAUUGAUUAAACCAGCAAUCAAAGUAUCAGGUGUCAAACUUAGUAUGGGUAAUUUAUUGGGUGGUCUCAUGCCAUCAUGGACCAUCAGCAAUUCAAUCGAUCCAACUUUAAUCUCUAAAGAUUCUGCAGUCGUAAACGAAUAUAAACAAGAUAAAUUGGUUCACAAUAAAAUCUCAUUGGGUAUGGCUAAAUGGAUGUUACAACGUUCUGAACAACUCAUUGAUUUAGCACCACAAUUUGAUACUCCAUUAUUAUUGGUUCACGCUAAUGAUGAUAAAAUCACUUGUCCAAAAGCUUCACAACAAUUCUAUGAUCGUGUUCCAUCAACUGUCGAUAAAACUUUAAAACUUUGGGAAAAUAUGUAUCAUGAAGUUCAUAAUGAAUUUGCUAAAGAAGAAUUUGUUACUUAUAUUUUAGAAUGGAUUAAAGAAAGAAUUGAAAAUGCUAAAAAUGAAUCACCAUCAUCAAAUAUUAACACUACUACUACUUCUACAACAACUACAACUACUACAACUACUUCUUCACCAGUUGUUGAAGAAUCAAAACCAGUUGUUGAAGAAUCAAAACCAGUUGUCGAAGAAUCAAAACCAGUAGUCGAAGAAUCAAAACCAGUUGUUGAAGAAUCAAAACCAGAACCAGUUGUUGAUGAUUCAAAAGAAAAAGAAGAAAAAGAACGUUUAGAAAAAGAAGAAGCAGCAGCAAAAUUAGAAAAAGAGCGUUUAGAAAAGGAAGAGGCUGAAAGAGUUGCCAAAGAAGCUGAAGAAAAGAGAAUUAAAGAUGAAAAGGAAGCUCAAGAAAAUUUAGAAAAACAACAACAAGAAGCAGCAGCAGCCGCUCAAGCUGAAAAAGAACGUUUAGAAAAAGAAGAAGCAGAUAAAUUAGAAAAAGAAAGAUUAGAAGCUGAAGCCGCCGCUGCUGCUCAAGCUGAAAAAGAAAGAUUAGAAGCUGAAGCCGCCGCUGCCGCCCAAGCUGAAAAAGAAAGAUUAGAAGCUGAAGCCGCCGCUGCCGUUCAAGCUGAAAAAGAAAGAUUAGAAAAAGAAGAAGCUGAUCGUUUAGAAAAAGAAAAAUUAGAAGCUGAAGCCGCCGCUGCUACUCAAGCUGAAAAAGAAAGAUUAGAAGCUGAAGCCGCCGCUGCCGCUCAAGCUGAAAAAGAAAGAUUAGAAAAAGAAGAAACUGAACGUUUAGAAAAAGAGAAAUUAGAAGCCGAAGCUGCCGCCGCUGCUCAAGCUGAAAAAGAAAAAUUAGAAGCUGAAGCUGCCGCUGCUGCCCAAGCCGAAAAAGAAAGAUUAGAAGCCGAAGCUGCCGCCGCUGCUCAAGCUGAAAAAGAAAGAUUAGAAGCUGAAGCCGCCGCUGCUGCUCAAGCCGAAAAAGAAAGAUUAGAAGCUGAAGCCGCCGCUGCUGCUCAAGCUGAAAAAGAAGAAGCUGAACGUUUAGAAAAAGAAAAAUUAGAAGCUGAAGCCGCCGCUGCUCAAGCUGAAAAAGAAAGAUUAGAAGCUGAAGCCGCCGCUGCUGCACAAGCCGAAAAAGAAAGAUUAGAAGCUGAAGCUGCUGCUGCUGCUCAAGCUGAAAAAGAAAAAUUAGAAGCUGAAGCUGAAGCUGCUGCUCAAGCCGAAAAAGAAAGAUUAGAAAAAGAAGAAGCUGAACGUUUAGAAAAAGAAAAAUUAGAAGCUGAAGCCGCCGCUGCUCAAGCUGAAAAAGAAAGAUUAGAAGCUGAAGCCGCCGCUGCCGCUCAAGCUGAAAAAGAAAAAUUAGAAGCUGAAGCUGCCGCUGCUCAAGCUGAAAAAGAAAGAUUAGAAGCUGAAGCUGCCGCCGCUGCCCAAGCCGAAAAAGAAAGAUUAGAAAAAGAAGAAACUGAACGUUUAGAAAAAGAAAGAUUAGAAGCUGAAGCCGCUGCUGCCCAAGCCGAAAAAGAAAGAUUAGAAGCUGAAGCUGCCGCCGCUGCACAAGCCGAAAAAGAAAGAUUAGAAGCUGAAGCCGCCGCUGAAAAAGCUGCCGAAGAAACUAAAGUUGAAGAACCAGUCCAAGAAGAAACUAAAGUUGAAGAACCAGUUCAAGAAGAAAUCAAAGUUGAAGAACCAGUCCAAGAAGAAACUAAAGUUGAAGAACCAGUUCAAGAAGAAACUAAAGUUGAAGAACCAGUCCAAGAAGAAACUAAAGUUGAAGAACCAGUUCAAGAAGAAACCAAAGUUGAAGAACCAGUCCAAGAAGAAACCAAAGUAGAAGAAUCAACCACUGAACAAGCUAAACCAACUGAAACUGAAAACAAAGAAGAAACCGAAGAAGGUGAAGAAGUCGAUGAAGCCUCUAAUACUACCACUGAACAAACUACCACCAACGCUAACCAACCAAAAAAACCAAACAACAAUAAUAAUAACAACAAAGGUAAAGGUAAAAAAGGUAAAGGUAAAGGUGGAAGAAAAUAA